AAAUGCUAUCGAAAAUGUCGAAAAGUUGAAGUUGAUCAAAAAAUGAGUACACUCGUCAUAUUUUUAACGUUGGCAGUUGUAGGUACACUAUGUUCACCGGUUCUACAGAACUCAGCAGCAGUCUAUGCUGACCGGGUAUGCCAGGGAGAUAUCAAAAACUUGUGGUUGGACGUAGUUGUAGUUGUUGAUAAGUCUCAACUGAUGACAAAUGCACAGCUCUGGCAGGUCAGAAAUACCAUUACUCAAUUAUUUGGCUCAUCUCGAAUCGGUCCAACUAAAUACCCAGCGGAUCCUCGUAGUACAUGUGUUGGAGUUGUGACGUAUGAUUCCGAUGCUACCACAAACGCUCAAUUGGACGGACCACACAGUUUCACUGAUUUGUACAAUGUGGUUCAAGGAUCAUUGAACAACGUCGAUUCUACAAAUUCGUCGUAUUUGAGCAAAGGACUUCUGGCGGCUGAGCAAGCACUCAAGAAUGGGCGUAGCCGCACAUAUCGGUUCAACUUUCUGAAAGUUGUUAUAGUUUUUGCAGCUGAUUAUCAAGGAUCAGGAACCUCUAAUGAUGCAUUCCCAAUUGCUAGACGCAUGAAAUAUGACAAUACUAUUAUCAUUACGGUAGCGUGCACAACGAAUCAAGCAGCAUUGGAUGGAUUAGCACAGAUUUCUAGUCCUCAAUUCAGUUUAGUGGAUGAGAUGAAUACUUCUAAAUUGGUUAAACAGUUGACAACGGCGCUAUUGAGCAUCAACUGCUUCUGCCCAGAAAACUGGGUUCAGUUUACUGGCAACGGAACUCAAUACGGAGUUUGUCUUCGAGGAUUUACUGCAACUGGCGGAAGUUACGGUUACCAACAUGCCAUCGAUUAUUGUGCCAGUGAAGUUAAAAAUGCUCACUUAGCAAAUGAGUUCAGUCAGGCCAAACACGAUUUUAUGCAAAUUCUCAUGGCAAUUUCGUUCCCCAAGUACAAGCCAUUGGAAUACUACAUUGGAUUACGUAACUUGGGAAAUCAGUGGCUCUGGGAGCAGCCUCAAGGCCAGGACAUGAUUCCGCUUAAUCCACUGAUCUAUUCAAAGUGGGCUCCAGGAUUUCCACAAGCAAAUUCUACGAACCAAGUUAUUUCGACACAACCAUUGCAGGAGGGAUCUACUGAUUUCUUCUGGGCUCCACCUCAGACCAAUGAUUGGCUCUUCAUCUGUCAAGUUCAAGCAAGCAGCACAGAAUACUACACUACGUAUUUGGAAAAUUGAUGAUCAAUUUUAUUUUAUAAAUUUUAUUCUUAAUCAUUACUUGUUCUAACAUCAAAAGGGUCGACUACAUGGGAAUUUUUUUACAAUAUUUUUUUGAGAUUUCUUUUAUUUUUUUUAUCAACUUUUAUCAAAUAAAUUGAAAGCAUGAA